AAACUUUGCACACGACUAUGGGGUCUUGGGCACUGCUGCCAGAUCAGUUCCAUUCGCUUGACGCCAUUCUAUUAAUCUCGAAAGACAAUAGUUAACAAAAUGUAUAUGAUUUUGCAGGGAAUAAUGGUUAAUACAUUUUAAACACUUAGUUUAUACAUAAAUUGGAUAAUUACAAAGAUUGUACACCAAUUUGAAAGGCACAGAAAAUGAAUUUUAUAAUUCAAUUAUUAAGUUGGAAAUGAUGCAUACAGGCAUUGGAGAGAAUUAGUAAAAAAUCACAUAACCCUUGGAUAGCAAUAGGACUAGUAAUUGGCAUUUAAAAAACUCCUAUUUUCAACCGCCAAAAGUGUAACAUUUAUUAAUAUGUUAACAACAACAAACUUACGAUUUGUUUUAAUAUGUUCUUAAACUACAUUAGUUUUCUUAUUCCAGCAAACUAUGAACAACGAUCACGUAUUCACCUUGGUAUAAUUACGAAAGUUGCGAAAAUCAAAACACAACAAACACAUUAAUCGACCUCCACUGAACGAGAAAAUAACAACUGUUUUUUUGAAUGCUGGAAAGAUGCAUCUCAAUUACGCAUGCGUAUUCUAGACUACUCUAGUCAAAUCUGAUAAUUUUAAAAUAAAUUCCAAAAUUAAAUGGAUGGAUUUAAUUGCUGAACAACAUAUUAUGUAUUAAUUAUUAAAAAAUAUUUUCAACUUUUCCGUAAAUCAGAAUUAAUUGAACGUAAUAAAGUAAUACAUUUGACUAUUGCACAACAACAAAAAACCUUAUUAGUUGAUUCAAACAAUACACAUCCUACUUUAGCAUCAUGUUCAACUUCGUUGAUUCGAAAUUGGCCCCAAAAGUUUCUUGCAAAUCACCAGCAACUGAAAAUUACGAAGUUGAUAAUCUUAUCAGCAGUAAUUCCUUGGACAGGAUUCGGGGAUUUAUUUCGUAUCCUUCGAUUAAACCACCUGUAGAUGUAGAAUUUGUUUUUUUAUGUCCUGUUAAUAUCCACUACAUUGUGUUGAAUACAACUGUAGGAAAUCAGAAAUGUAGUGGUAUAGAAUUAUUUGCAAAAACGGAACAUUUAGAUUACACGUCCAUUGGAAAAUCCGUUUACAAUGCUGCUGGAGUAAUAUUCUGUAAUAGUAGAAAGUAUUCAAAAUAUGAUUCAUAUCCAAAUUUUAAUACCUCUUUCCAAAAAGUUUUUUUCAAAUCUGAUACUUUUAAAUAUUUCUUGAAUGCUACGGGAAUAAAAGUGUUAAUUUUUCGUACAGAUAAAUCAGUGCCUUGCCUCGGAAGUGUGGAAGUUUGGGGCAUUCCUUCAAAAACAUGUUCCAAAGUUACUGUAAAUACUAUUACUAAACUUGCUACUAACAGAUGUACUGAAUUUUCUCCUACGCAAACUAUUAAAACUGAAGAGUUCAUAAUUCCAGAAGAUUUUAAAGAUGAUUUAACAUAUGAAAUCAUGACCAUACCUAUGACCUUACCGUGUGGAAAAACUAUCGAUCAAAGUACAUUAGAGAAACAUUUAGAAAGUGAAAAGUGUUUUGGUAGAAAACCAUGUGAUCCUUUCACAGGUGUUAAGUUUAAUGAUAGUUUAAAACCAGUGAUGAAUGUAGCAUUAAAAAGUAGAAUAGACAUGUUUAUGCUACAGAACUCCCAUAGGCCAGAAUUACUUACUACAAAAAGAAUAUUAGGACGUGCUAUUAGUAAUUCUAGUGAAAGUGAUACUUCAAGAGAAAGAAUGUCAGUUCAAUGUGAUGAUGGUGAUUUGGAGGUAGCAAUAGCUAAUGCUAAAAGAAGUGCAAACUUCACUAUAUUUACUAGUGACGAGUCAAAUAGUACUAUCAAUAAGUGUGGUGCGUGUAAGACUGAAUCUAAUUUUUUGUAUAAAAUUCCCUGCAAUCAUCUAUUUUGUAGAUCAUGUUUAUUAGAGCUUUGUCAAAGUUUGGUCUGCUCAAUUUGUAAUAAAAGUUUUGUUAAAAACGAAGUUAAAAAAUGUUACUUUUAAGGAUAUAACACAAUAAAUUUGUCUCUUUGAAAUUACAGGUUACUUUUAUAUUAUAUUAAUUGUAUUUAAAUAAAUUUUUAAACAAAUAUCAAAAGUUUCCUAGUUAAUGCUCUUGAUCUUUAGAAUCGUACGUAAACAUUUUUACGUGCGGUAUAUUAUGUCAACAUUUGUGUAGCAUAUUUGUACAAAUGGUAAAACUUGAACGGUAAUGAGAUGCCGGAUCUUUUCAAUUUAAAUUUAUGACUAAUUCUGCACAAGCCUUUUUUAUUCCUUUCUGGAAAUUCUUUCUUUGCAACCUUAUUUAUUUUUAAUUUAUAUUUAAUAAGAUGGUUAUUCUUCAUCUAAUCACCACUCUUCUCUUUCUAAUGCCCAAUUUUAUAAGUGAAGUUCCAACCUCAAAGAUACCGUUUUUUGCACAACAUGAAAUGGAGGAUUCGAACCCUAAUUUUUUCAAAUUGUUUACAUUUUUAUAAUAUUAUAAAAAGGUUAUGUUAGAAUGAUUGAAGAUGUGCAUAUUAUAUUUUAUGAGCUCGAAGAGGAUGAUGAUAAAUUGUCGGCGCACCCAAAAAACAAGUUAUUCGUUUUAAAGCGAAUCUUCAAAUUGCCCCGCGUUUUAAAUUUAUUGUAGUUCUUCAAAAACCGUUUUUGUUAUUUUCAUCAUUAACUUCCCAACUCCUCCCAAUUGUUUUCCUUGUCCUCCCAAGUUACCGUAUCACUUUUUUGAAGUCGACUGUUUCUCUGUAUUUCUUCACAAGGUUAACCAGAAGCACAAUUUUAUUGUUUAUACAACUUUCUCAAUCAAUUCAACUUUAACAAACUAAUAUCGGGAAAAUUUUUGUUAUACCUCCGCGCUGGUGACAACUGGUAGAAAAGUGUAUGUAGAGCAAUCUUGUUUUGAACUUUAGUUUAAUCUCCAGUCUUACCCUAGGUUGUAAAAUUGGCCCUACAGAAAUCAUAAGGAAAAAAUAGUUUCUUUGAGUGAGUCAAUCGGUCCUUGUUAACCAGUAAGGUACACGAUCGCAUACCGCGGCUUUUUAUCCGAAUAUACAGAAUAUCUUUCUUUUCUGAAGAAGAUAUCGAAAAAUUUGUUAAUAGGACGCUUGUUAUCACUUAGCUGGUAUAAAAGUGCGAUGGUUUCAGCCUUAAGAUGACCACCAGUGCGCGUAGGGUAAAGCGUGGUGUGUGCUAUAGUCGAAAGUUGAUGGUCCUCGUUGUGUCCGUGCCCUUUAUUGUACAGGGUAGUAAGUAUUUACUUUAAUAUGGACCUACGAAGGUAUCAAGUUUACGUAGAUAUACAUAAUAAUUGUUAUGGGAAUAAAAACACAUAUGAAAUAAAAUAUUCACUUUAUUAUUAAUAAUAAAUCAAUUUCAACUAAUACUUAAACAUAUAGUAGAUAAUAAUCUUAUUUACAAAUUCCCUAAUUAAGACAACUACCAAAAAUAGCAAUUGGAAAUAUUUGUUUUCAGAAAUUCCAAUACAUAGAACUGACUUGUUCGAAUAAGUGUUGAAUAUCUAAGAAUCUAAUUAUUAACAAAAAAUACAUUGCAUUAUUUAUCAUAAAGAUUACGGAAAUAUCAGUAUAUUCACAUAUAAUUAAAAUGAUUAAUCACCUCCUGUAAUAAUUAAAAAAAAUAUUAUCUUGCAACUCAGUUCUAUUUAUUCAAUUAAUUUAACAAGGCAACAAUAAGGGUGGAAACAUAUUUUUUACUCAAAAAACCAUUAUCGUUCCACCGUGGUUUACAAAUAUUCACUUUGGCUGUGCGAAAGUAUUUUUUUUUCUUUUUUUGAUAUGUAAAAAUACAUUUACAUACAUACAAAUAUGUACAAACAUUUUUCUGUAAAGACCAUUAUCGGUCGUUAUAAAUGAUUUCCACCUUUCGUUGAAUUUCAAAUAUUUAAAUUAAAAAAGGAUCUCAAUAAACUGUACUAAGUCAUAAAAUAUAUCGUUAAUUUCAAGUUACGUAUAUACCUCAUAUAAAUCCAUAUAUAGUUCACCAGUUUCAAUAUUUUUUCUAUACGCAUGCGGACAUUUUAAUUGUUAUGUUAGCAAUACGAAAAUAUUUCUUGUUGUCUAUGGUCUAACGUCAUUUUGGUUAUAACCUCACUUUUCUAGCUUGUAUGAAGUUCAACUCAGUAUCUUAUUAUUGCAAAGAUUUUCUAUCUCAAUUUUAAAUUUUAUGAGUAAAAUUAUUCAAAAAUAGA